CUUGAAAUAGAAAAGAAGUUAAAAGUACAGGAAGGACUCUUUCAAAUGCCUUGGAAAUCUGUGGCAACCGCAUACUGUGGAGUUAGGAGUGGCAUACAGAUCACAGACUCCAAAAUCACAAGUUCCAUUUUUUAUCAAUUUUCUAUUCCAAUAUUGGCUUCUACUGUUUUAUUCUCCCAUUUCUUCAUAAUCCCAUUUUAAAGCUCCUCUCCUAAAGCUCCCCCUCCAACGUCUGCAUUCUUACAUCGUCGCCCUUGGCUUUUCUUCUCUGCCCCUUUAGUUUCCUUUUUCAUUGUUUAUUGGGACUUAUACAAAGCCUUGAAUCUUGAUCGUUUUGACAUCUUGGUACCAUUGUUCUUCUUUGUCUGCUAGCUCUGAACAUCUGGGAAAGUUGUUUUGCUUUCUCACAAUGUCAUAAAUCUUUGUUAAGAAUUUUAAACAAUUUGGAUCUCACAUCCUAGGAUACCCUUUCUCUCUCAUUCUCACCGAGUAUCAUCUCGACUUCUAAUUUCUUUGUUAUUUCAACGAUGGAUUCUUGCUGUGCUGCGAUGAAGGCUUCUACCAAUGUCGUCGAUUUUUACACAAGUAUGAGUAAUGGAGGUACUCUUUUUGGGGGAGAGAGUAUCAGUGAGAACCUUAAAUGCCGGCGUCCUAAUACUCAAUUAUGGAAGAAUUUGAGAACAAAAAGCAAUAAAGGUAUGAAAAUUGUCAAGCCUGGAGUCACCAACUCCAUUGUUACAUCAAAUGUUAAUAAAGAGACUCAGACAUUUGAUGAAACGGCUUUUGAGACACCAAGGGCUAACCCCAAAAACAUAGCUUCGAUCAUAUUAGGUGGAGGUGCUGGGACACGCCUCUUUCCACUUACUAGCCAAAGAGCCAAGCCUGCGGUUCCAGUUGGAGGGUGUUACAGGCUGAUUGAUAUUCCAAUGAGUAACUGCAUUAAUAGUGGUAUUAGGAAGAUCUUUGUAUUAACACAGUACAACUCCUUCUCCCUCAACCGUUAUCUUGCUAACACCUAUAACUUUGGAAAUGGUGUUAAUUUCGGAGAUGGGUUUGUGGAGGUUCUAGCAGCUACUCAAACAUCAGGAGAGGCAGGAAAAAAGUGGUUUCAAGGAACAGCUGAUGCCGUCCGGCAAUUCGUUUGGGUUUUUGAGGAUGCAAAGAACAAGAAUGUGGAGCAUGUGUUGAUUUUGUCUGGUGAUCAUCUUUAUCGGACAAACUAUAUGGAGUUUGUGCAGAAGCAUAUUGACUCAAAUGCAGAAAUUACUGUCUCAUGCGUUCCCAUGAAUGACAGUCGUGCAUCAGAUUAUGGACUGAUGAAGAUUGACAACACAGGACGCAUCGUCCAAUUUGCUGAGAAACCCAAGGGAGAUGACCUUAAAGCAAUGCAAGUUGAUACCUCUGUGCUGGGGUUAUCUAAGCAAGAUGCUUCACAAUUUCCUUACAUUGCAUCCAUGGGGGUUUAUGUGUUUAGAACUGAUGUCCUAUUAAAGCUUCUUACAAGUAGUUGUCCAUCAUGCAAUGACUUUGGAUCUGAAAUUAUUCCAUCUGCUGUGAAGGACCACAAUGUCCAGGCAUAUUUAUUCAAUGACUAUUGGGAAGACAUUGGGACCAUAAAGUCAUUUUUUGAUGCUAAUUUGGCUCUCACAGAACAGUCACCAAAGUUUGAAUUUUAUGAUCCAAAGACACCUUUCUUCACGUGUGCUAGAUUCUUGCCUCCAACAAAAGUCGAUAAAUGCAGGAUUGUGGAUGCCAUAAUUUCACAUGGCUGCUUCUUGCGAGAAUGUAGCAUACAGCGCUCCAUUGUAGGUCUCCGUGCACGAUUGGAGACUGGUGUUGAUCUUGCUGAUACUUUGAUGAUGGGUGCGGACUUCUAUCAAACUGAAUCUGAAAUUGCCUCCCUCCUUGCAGAAGGGAAGGUUCCAGUUGGCGUUGGACAGAAUACCAAAAUCAGGAACUGCAUUAUUGACAAGAAUGCCAAGAUAGGAAGAGAUGUGGUAAUCACAAAUGCUGAUGGUGUUGAAGAAGCAGAUAAACCAGAAGAAGGAUUUUACAUAAGAUCAGGGAUCACAGUCAUACUGAAGAAUGCAACAGUUAAGAAUGGGACCAUCAUCUAGGGUCAUUGACCUCCCAAGAACUUCCUCUUUGGAUUAUGCCAUUGAUGAAGCUGAGGAAGCAAGUUGGUCUAACAUCUUUUUAACUUAGUGGCAGCGAGCAGAAAUUAAGAAUGAUCAUAUGUGUAAAUUUAAUGACUCACAAAGAACAUCCUAUUUAAGAUAGUAAUGUAACUCUUUAGAAUAAUUAGAGCUCUACCCUAUCAUCAUGUGAAUGAUACUCUCUCUUGUGAAGACUCAGUUGGCUGAUAUGUAUCAGACAAUUGAAUAUCAUCUUACUGCUUGGAAUUAACAGAAAGGAGAAAAACAACAGAGUGGAAAUUACACUCUUGAAACUUUGUUAAUUGAUUGAGCAUUCAAAGUAGUAUUAUGAUAAUUAUAUUAUGUUCC